UAUGUCAUUAGCGCAGGUUAUAUGUCGUACGCAGCCUCUGAAAUGAGCUUGUAACUUUUAAAUCGUUUCAUUCUGUUGUAUAUGUAAAUAAUGUCGAUAGUCGGCUGCCGAAUUUGAUAAUUUCCUCGUACCAUGAUGGGAAUAUUGUAUGAGAAAAGGCCACUAAAACGGCCUAGAUUAGGGCCGCCUGACGUCUAUCCUCAAGAACCUAAACAGAAAGAAGACGAACUCACCUCAACAAAUGUUAAACUCGGUUUUGCAACGAUGCCUCAAAUGUCGGAGGAAUUUGGGACAGCAAGACACUGUAAUGUCACUGCUGCUAAAGUGGGAGCAUAUUUCAAUGCGAUCCUCGCGAAAAAGGAAGAGCUCUCUACAAUGCCGGAUACAGCAAGAAAACGGCAACAGAUCAAUCCUAAAGAUAAUUUCUGGCCAGUAACUGCAAGAACAAAAAAUGGCAUUGAGGCAUGGUUCAAAGAUUUAUCUGGAUGUAAGCCGUUGAUAGCUCUUGCAAAGAAGGCUCCCAACUUCAAUAAGAAAGAGGAGAUAUUUAUGAUGUUAUGCGAGUAUCAAGUACCAAUGUUAAGAGCAGCUUGGUUUAUUAAACUUAGUUCUGCUUAUACAGUAGCAGUUUCUGAAGCCAAAAUAAAAAAGAGACAAUUGCCUGACCCAACUACAGAAUGGACAGGAACACUUAUCAAGUUUUUAAAAGAUCAACUCUCAAAACUGCAGGAAUAUUAUCAUAUAAAUAAUCAUACAUCAAACAGCAGUACUACUAAUGGUAUUACAAAUAAUUCUUGCAAUGGCAAUGGUACUGGAAGUAGCAACAGUAAUAAUAACAGUAACAAUAAUGUUAAUAAUAAUUCUAAUAGUAGCAAUGGAGUUGCUAAUACUCAACCAACUACACCAAAUUCAAAUAAUCAAGUGACAUCUGGAAGUACUAUGAAUGAAGAACAUAAAUUAGCAUUGAAGCAGUGGCAUUAUUGUGUACAAUUGGCGAAAUAUAUGUUUGAAGAAGGAUUAUUAGAUAGGCAAGAAUUACUCCAAUGGAUUUUAGAAUUACUAGACAAAAUUAAAUCUUCCCCUUCUGAGGAUGGUAUUUUGAAACUUUUGUUACCAUUGGCAUUACAAUAUUUAGAAGAAUUUGUGCAGUCUGAAUUAUUAGCUAGACGUUUGGCAUACUUGUGUUGUCGUAAAUUGGCACAUAUGUGUAGUAAUGUGGAAACCAAUGGUAAUCCACAAAGUCCGUCCAUAAACAAAAGUGAUGUUAAUGGUGGAAAAGACACUGCCACUGCUAGUCAAAUGCAAAAUCCAUUAACUGCUGCUUUUAACGACUAUUUGUCCUGUCCACAUCACAGGGAUGUGAUUUAUAGUUUGUCAACAAUAAUACAGGUUAUUACAUUAGAGUGUCCAACAGCAUUAGUAUGGAAUAGUGUUGGAGAAGGAAAAGCUCCAUCUGUGUUAAAUGGUUCUCCUUUAGACUAUUUACCAUGUCCUCCUACAGCUUUACCAUGUCCACCCACUAGUGCAACUAAUCCGAUGCUUAAGCAGUUGAAAAUUGCCCAAGAGAACAUACGAGCAAGAUCUCAAGCUGCAGAAGGGAAAUGGUCAUGUGAUAAGUGGCAACAAAGCAGUGCUGGAAUAACAACUACUAAAGUACUGGCUGCUUUGGAUGCUUUGGAUCGACAUAGUUUCGACAGAAUGGAUUCUACCAAUUCAUUGGACACUUUAUAUGCUAAAAUAUUUACAUCACCUCCAAAAGAUAAUACCAAUGAACGGGAUACGAAAACAGAAUACAAUCCUCAACAAGAUUCUGCUGUGGUUGAAAUUUUGUGCGAGUGGGCAGUAAGUGCAGAAAGGUGGGGAGAACAUAGAGCAAUGGCAGUCGCGAAACUACUCGAAAAACGGCAGAGCGAAGUUACUGGAGAAACGAAUGAUAACGAUGAUAAAGAUAGCAUCUGUAGCAAUGGAAAUCCACCCGUGCUUCCGAUUUUUCAACCAUUACUUAUGAAGUUUUUGGAUAUGGACGCCCCGGUACUAGAUAAUACAACAGCUCAAUCAAAAAUUCAGUUUACGAAUUUGGUUCACUUAUUUUCAGAAUUAAUUAGACACGAUGUAUUUUCACACGACGCAUACAUGUGUACGCUUAUUUCCAGAGGAGACCUCAUACAAGGUCCUGUGGCCAGCAAACCAGGAACUCCAAGUAAUCGAGAACCAAUCGAUGAAGACAGCUUAUUUACAGGAAUAGAUUUAAAGCCAGCAAAAUUAGAAGUAAAUGAUCAUGGACGAACAAUGGACUAUGACGAUAGUAAAAUUGAUGAUGACUUAGACAAGUUGUUGCAACAUAUUAAAGAAGAUCAGCAGAAUAGUAUGGAUGCUCCUGAUAGUCCCAAAGAAGAUGCAUUAGCUGGGCAUGGUACUCAAGAAGGAUUAGAUUCCAAAAUACCAUCGAGUCAUAGUAGACAUUUGUUGUAUACGACGCAUUUUCCAUUACCACAGGAUGAAACAUGCAGUCAACACGACUGUAAUCAACGACACGUGCUACUCUAUGGAGUAGGCCGCGUUAGAGACGAUGCUAGGCAUAUUGUUAAAAAGAUGACAAAGGAAGUGUGUAAAUUGUUUGGGAAAAAAUUUAGUAUUGACGUUGCAGAAGGUGGAAAAGUAAAAAAACAUUCCCGCAGUGAAUUCAACUUUGAGGCAAUUACCUUAAAGUUUCAGAAUCUAAGUUAUUUCGAUCAACACGUGGUGACGUGGCAAUGUGCUACCCAAGUUAUAGAAAUGUUAAAUACAUUUGCAUUGGCGGGUUCAUCGUACUUACCAGUGCAAGAACACGUAGCAUUUCUAUUCGAUUUAAUGGAACUAGCGUUAAAUAUAUAUGGUCUAAUAGAUGUUUGUAUUCAAAUACUAAAGGAGUUACCAGAAGUUGAAACUCAGUUGACUGUUAGAAAGAGUCAGCUCGUUACAAGUUAUACUACAAGUUUAAGUUUAUAUGUUGUAGGAGUAUUAAGAAGAUAUCAUUGUUGUUUGUUGUUAUCUCCGGAACAAACAACAGCAGUAUUUGAUUUACUCUGUAAAGUUGUGAAACAUGUGUCCAAUCCAAGCGAUUGUAGUUCUGCCGAACGUUGCGUAUUGGCGCAUCUUUACGAUCUAUAUUCGUCUUGUUCUCUGUUGAAAACAAAACCACAUGGAGUGGAAGCAUUUAGCAAUGCUUAUCCUAAAAUCCGUACCGCUCUUUAUAGCACGUUACAGCCGACAACAUCGAGUCACGUAUAUAAUACGCAGUUUAUGGUAGAUAUUUUUACUAGUCCAAGACGGGGAGGAAAAAUCGAGCCACAGUGGGCUAGACAAUUGAACGAGACACCGGCGAAUCGUUACAGUUUCGUUUGCAACGCGAUUGUUGCAGUUUGCAGUGAAACUGAUAACGAUAAACUAAACGACAUUGCGAUAACGUGUGCAGAAUUAACAGCUUGUUGCAAUGCUCUAAACGCUGAAUGGCUUGGAAUCCUUAUGGCACUUUGUUGUUCCUCGAAUAAUUCUGCGUUUUACAUUGAUGUUUUAAAUCAAGUUGAUGUGCAAGACUUGAGUUUGCAUAAUUCUCUAGCUGUAUUUACGUCGAUUUUAAUUGCAAGACAUUGCUUCUCCUUGGAAGAUUUUGUCGUGCAUAUAGCACUGCCAUCGUUAGUUAAAGCUUGCAAUGAGGGUCGUGGAGAUGCAGACAUGGAAGCUGAAGCUGGAGCACGUUUAACCUGUCACUUACUCCUACGACUUUUCAAAACGGUCGAAUGUCCUCAACCGGCUUUGUAUUCUGUGAGCACAAGUCCUCACCCUCUACCAAAUGGAAACUCCAGGGGUUACAGUAUAAAACUAAGUUGUGAUAGGCAUUUACUAGCAGCUGCCCACAAUAACAUCAGGGUUGGUCCAGUUUUAGCUGUACUUAAGGCCAUACUAGUUGUUGCUGAUGCAACUGCUGGUAAACAACCACCAAAGAAGCCAGAUGUACCAAUGAAUCACUCAAACAAAGCAGGUGGACCAGCUAGUGUUGGUGUUGGUGUUGGUGUAACUGGAGGUGGACCAAGUGAAUUGUCCAUCAGUCAUAUCUUAGGUACCAGUGAUAUUCUAGGAGGUGGUGAUGACUUGGGACUUGACUUAGCAAUGUCUUCAUCCAGCAGUAGUGCUGGAAUGACUACAGAGAACGUGAAAGGACUAUCAGACUUUGCACAGCACGUUUUAAGGCAAAUUUGUAGCCAAGAGUGGGUACUAGAAAGAUGUUUACAAAAUCCAGAAGAACUUUGCCAUCCCGAUAUGUUGCUCGAUAAUAUGUUGACGCCUAGACAAGCUCAACGGUUACUUCACAUGAUCUGCUAUCCCGAGACUUCUACGGAUGCAUUUAUCGACCAGAAAACUCAUAUAACCAACAUCUUAGAGAAUUUGGAGCAAUGGAGUUUAAGAAUGUCAUGGCUCGAUCUGCAACUCAUGUACAAACAAUUUCCUUCAGGAUCAAAUGAUCUCUCUCAGUGGUUAGAUACUGUUGCUAAAGCUGCAAUUGAUGUAUUUCAGCUGAAUACUAUGUCAAGUAAGCCAGAUAAACGAUCUGGUUCCAUAUGGUUAGUUGCGCCGCUCGUUUCGAAAUUACCAAGUGCAGUGCAAGGUCGAGUUUUGAAAGUAGCUGGCCAAGUACUAGAAUCUGGUAAUUGGUCAAAAACAGCAGCAGGUCGUGAGAGAAGUAGAUCGAAGUCACCGUCUCUAUUUAAUCAUCAACCGUUCCUCUCGCUAGUACUCACUUGUCUGAAAGGCCAAGAUGACCAAAGAGAAGGUCUAUUGAUGUCGUUGCAUUCGCAGCUGUCACAGUUCUUGAAUAUCAGUAAAGAGGAAAAAAAUUUUGCCGCCGAAGAUCCGAAAACGAGAGAAGUGUUGCAAGAUGCGUUGCAAUUGAGAUUCAGCCUCGUUGGUGGAGUUUUCGAUACUAUACAAAGAAAUACAACUGCUACCACAGACUGGGCUAUUUUAUUGGUUCAGUUGGUUAGCUACGGUGUUAUAGAUUUAAAUAAUAAUUCCGAAUUAUUUACCACUAUCAUAGAUAUGUUAGCAACCCUAAUACAUUCUACUCUAGUUUCCGACUCGCAAUCUGAGAAAGAUGAGAAUAAAAAACAUUAUCAGAAUUUAAUGAAAAAAUUGAAAAAGGAGCUUGGUGAUAGAAAUUCUCCUAGUAUUCGAUAUGUCAGGCAAUUAUUACCACUACCAAAAUUAACAAUGGAGGUUAUUACAUGUGAACCAGUUGGAUGUUUAACAGAUACAAAAGGCAACAAGAUAGCUGGAUUUGAUAGUAUUGAUAAGAAACAAGGUUUACAAGUGUGUGAUUCUCAAAGGGUAUCUACAUGGGAAGUAUUAGAAGGUCAUAAAAACCCAGCGCCAAUUUCCUGGGCUUGGUUCAGAGCAGUUAGAUUAGAACGUAAACCCCUUACAUACCAAAAUGCUCACAAACUCUUAAGAUAUCACACACAUAGUCAAAUUAGACCUCCCAGCCACUAUUUGGAUCCACCGCCAUUACCUCCAGAAGAUUUAGAACCAGACAAAAAGGAAUCAGAACCUGGCAAGGCUGAUACACCAAUGAGUAUUGAUUCUCCUGGAAGAGUAACAAGUACUGUAGGUAGCAGUGGAAUUGGUAGUGCAGUUACUAAUGGCAAAGGAAAAGCAAUGAAGACUCGAAGGCAUAGAAGAAAUAAAGGAGCUGCAACACCUACAACACCUGUUUCACAACAAAUUCAGCAACCACCAAACCAGUUACAACAAAUGGCAUUUGGAAAUCAGCAAGUACCUGUCAGUCAACAACCGGGAAUAUUUACUGGUCAACCACCGCAACAUCAACAACCAUGGUAUACCAAUCAACAAACUCACACACCGGCUCAACAAUAUGGAUAUGGUCAACAAUUACCCCCAACUCCCGUUGGGCCAAGAUACGACAGGCCAGGCAUGAAUAAUCAAUCAAAACAGGCGCUUUCUCAUAUGUUGCGUUUACGACUACCGUCCAAUCAACUAAUUAGUUCUCAGCAACAACCGAAUGCUACACCUGUUGGUGCACCAGGAGCAUUCCAAGGAAUGCAGAGACAGCAGUUCAUUAGGCAACAAUUGAGAGCUCAACAUGGUGCUCCAAAUAUCAACCCACAACAAGGAAUGUUCGCUUCUCAGCAACAGCAGCAACAGCCACAGCAACAGGGAAUUUAUACUGGAAUGCAACAGGGAAUGAAUCAAAAUUAUGCAGGAUAUGGAGGUCAACAAAUGAUACCACAACAGCAGCAGCAGCAACAACAACAACAGGCACCUCAACAGGCACAGCAGCAACAACUGUUACAGCAGCAGCAGCAGCAGCAACAACAAGGUUUAAUAAAUCAACAACAGAAUAUGAUGUUUUCGAAUCAACAACAGAUUAUGGGACCUCAAAGGGGUCAAGAGUACAUACCACAGCAACGUAUGCAACCUGGAGCUACAAGACCACCAUAUCUUCAGGCUCCAAAUGUUACAAUGAAUACAAUGGGUCCAAUGGGAGGUGGAGUUCAAAAUCAACCAGCACCACCUUAUAGGCAAGCUAGUGGUAAACCUGGUACAGUGGGAGUAACAGGUGUAGGUACUACAAGUGUUGGCUUACAACAAAAUCAACAAUUCCAACAGCAACAGGCAAUAAAUCAACAACGUAUGAGACAACAAAUGCUUGCAAUGCAACAACAACAGCAACAAGCGCAGCAGCAACAACAAGCGCAGCAGCAGCAACAGCAGCAGCAGCAAGGUAAUGCUGGUGGACAACAACCAACUCCACAAUUGGUGACGCAUUUGCAACGACACUUAAGUCAACCACCGCAGCAUUAUCAACAUCAACCGCCGCCUUAUUAGUAGUUUAAAAUGUAUAUAACUAAUAUCUUGUAUAAGUACAAUUUACAUAAAAUGUGUAAAUCUGGGUUGCAAGAGUCACGUAACUUAAUUUACAGUAUGAAUGUGUAAAGUGUGCCAUGGCAGAGGCAAUAAAAAAGAAAAAAUUAAAAAAUGGCAUUGGAAACUAUUUUUUGUUUGUUUUUUUGUUACAGUAACACUGUGU